AUGCCGCCCUCUGCUUCUGCGACAAAGAAGCAGAAGAACAAACAGACGCUGACAUUGGCGCAAUUGGCGUCUUACGACGACUUCCUGACAGACUCUCUCGUCGAUCAUGUUUUCUACUGGACUACAAUUCCCAAGAACAGAAAUUCGUACCACCCCUCGCGAGGCGUACGGGAGGAGGACAUUACCCAGAUUAUCCGGGACGAGCUCGCUGUUAACAAAGACCUCGAAUCCGCCGAGCGCAAAUUGCUAGCCACCGAUGGCUUCCGCAAGUUCUUCGCCGCCCUCAAGACGGACAAAGCCAAGGAUGAUUUCAAGCGUCACAUGCGCCGCUACAUCCAGAUUUAUCUUCCCGACUGCCCCUUUGAGGUGAACUCGACAAACCGCUACACCAUUGUGUCGCACGAAGCCGCCAUCACAGCCCGACGUUUCAUACGGCGGAACGAGACGAUCAAGUACUUGGCCGGAACGCAGGUCAAUAUAUCGCCCGAAGAGGAGCGAGAAAUGACGGCCCGCAAGAAGGAUUUUAGCAUCAUCAUUUCCGCCAGGAACAAAUGCGCCAGUCUGUUCAUGGGCCCUGCUCGAUUUGCGAAUCACGACUGCGGAGCCAAUGCGAAGCUUAUGACUACGUCUUCGGCCACCAUUGAGAUCAUUGCGACGAGGAACAUCGAUGUUGGCGAAGAGAUUACCGUUACAUAUGCAGAAAACUAUUUCGGGGAAGACAAUUGCGAAUGUCUGUGCAGGACAUGCGAAGAUAGAUGUGCAAACGGAUGGGCACCGGCUGAAGGAGAAGUUGCGGUCAAGAAGAGUAUCGAGGAGUCUGUUUUGGACGGAUAUUCUUUGCGCCGGCGGAGAAGGGACGACAGCGUCGGCCCUUCGUCCCGAACCCCUUCCAUCACGCCCGACAUCCGGCCACGGGUAUCAAAAUCACGGCUGAGGAGUGGGAAGUCCGGCCGAGAAUCUCUAGCAGUGGGCUCGCCAAUGUCAGAUGCGCUUUCGACGGAGAAGAAGCACUCUUGCGACUCACUCGUGACACCGCCCAUGACGCCAUCCAAAAGACGAAAGAUUUCGGCCACACAAGCAAUCACAGUCCGUCAGGAAGCUCUCGUCACGUCAACAGAGAGCUCGGCCUCCGAGUCUGUGCGUAGCAUGUCAUUGACCAGCAGCGGAAACGAAGAUGGGUCGGUGACGGACAUCACCGAGCCGGAGAAAGACACCCCGGAACCGAGCCAAGGUCAGAAGCAGCCAGAGCUUGUCAAGAGGGAGGAGUAUGAGGAGACCACGGAGCAAGCGUUGGCUAGCGCGGCGCCGUUCUCGUCGCAUAGACAGAUCCAGAGGGAAAUGUCAGACAUCAGUCGGGAAGCGGCUGUUGCCGUCUCUCGAUCGAUCCCCAUCUCAUCUUUGUGCAAUCCUCCGUCACCGCCUUCGAAAAUUUUCGGUCCAAAGCCGUCAGGAUGGUCGUACCCAGCGAGCAUCCCUCCGUACAACAUACAGGACCGCAUGAGUAUCGCGGCUGCCAUGUGCAGCAACGUCAGCGCAAAGCCAGUAGCAAUGUCAACAGCGGGCGCAUCGAAAAGCUCUAGCACAGACGGUUUGAAGCUGACACACAAAAUCCUCUCAACAAAAGAGCCGCUCAGAGGUUCUCGUCGCGAGACCGUGAUGCCAACGUCAAAGGUUGGGGCGCUGGCAUCAAUCGAGCAAGACGGGCUGGGCAAACGCAGCUCCGACACCGUGCUGACUGCAAAGGUCGAGGCAUCGGUAUCGACGGAAAAUCCUACGCCGAUCACUGAUGAUAUCAAAGUCUGUGCAGAGGUUGCUGAGACGGUGGAGGGUGGUGGUGACCAGCCACCUGUGAAGAAGCGCAAGUAUCAACGGCGGACCUUUAUCAAGGAGACGACACCACCCGCAAAGACCCGAACACCCGGUGAUUACACUCUAACGCCGCUGCUGCUCUCGGAGCCGCAGACGGCAUGGGUUCGCUGCACCAAUUGCGAGACGGCCUUUGUGCAGCAAAACGCAUACUACACCAAGAGUUCGUGUCCGCGCUGCGAGCGCCACUCCAAGCUAUACGGCUACAUCUGGCCAAAGACCGAAAGGGCCGGGCCUCGCGAUAAGGAGGAGCGCAUCUUGGACCACCGCCUCAUCCACCGGUUCCUGGGGCGCGACGCCGAGGCGCGUAUCCGGGGACGAAAACGACCCGCAACAAGCACGUCGGAGGCACUUGAGGAUUCCGCGGGGAACAAAAUUGGAAACAAGCGCCUCAGAGCCGCGGAUGAUGAGUCCGGGGAAGGCCAAGAUACGACCGGGUUGAGACGGAGUGGUCGAAUGCGCAAGGCUAGCAUCAAGGUGGCCUCUCCGUAG